GUAAAAAAAUAUUUUCACUACAAACAGUUAACAUUAAAACGGCUUUGAAAACGGCGGAAUGUUUAAAAUACAGCGGAUAAAAUUUUGAAUUCAUAAAUAAUAAAAAGAAGAAAAAAAAGAACAAAAUGUCUAUACUAGUGCUAGUAAAAUAUGCUUAAAAGACUUAAAAAAAAUAAAAGGUGGAUUUAAAAACGAAAAAUUUAGCGUUUUGCACAGAAAUUAAAUACACAAAAAUCAAGAUAGACACUAGAAAAUUUUAUUUUUAGUGAUUUAAAAUUUUUUUAAAAUAAAAAAAAAAUUAAGUGCCUUAGUUAAGAAGUGCACUAUUCGACGUUUAUGAAUUUUAGUAUUAAAACUAAAUAUUAACUCCAAGUAGGUUGGUACUUGCAAUUCGGGGUUUAAAUUUCACAUACACAUACACUGAACUUAAAGUGUAAAUUUUGAGAUUUUCGAAAUUUAAGUAAGUAAUUUUGUUUACGCAAGGCUAGAAGUAUUUUUGGAAUUAUUAAAAUUUUAAAAGGUGUUUUUUUUUUUUAUUAAAGUGUUUGUAUGAAAAAAAUUAUUAAAAAAAUUUUAAUAAAAAUAUAUAUAUUAUGUAUGUAAAUUGUGUAUAAAAAGAAUUAAGAAACAAAAUUAAUUAAAGUAAAUAAUUAUAAAAAAUUAUUUCGAAAAUGAGCACUAAAUUCGAAAAACAAGUUUCAUUGCCCUCCGGCAAUUCUACAAAACCACGUCAAGCAACAGCACAACAAGUAUUAUUAGAAACUACAACAAACAAUUUAGAAAAUACAACAAAUAAUAAUAAAGAAAUGGAUACAAUAAUUAAUAAUAAUUCAAAUAAUAAUAUCAAUGUUAAUAGCAAUGUUAUUAACAAUAAUUGUAAUAAUACUAAUACCACUACAUGUAAUGAUGGUAUUGAAUCCAAAGACGAAGUUGAUUUUGUUCGUACAAAAACAUAUCCACCACCAACGCUUAUUACAUCAAAAAAUGAUAAUACCAAUAAUCAGAAGUGCUCAAUAAUGAAAAAAUUAACAUCAACAAAUAUGUCAAAUUUAUAUAAUGAUUGUGAAGUUAAAUCAAGUCUUAAAUCAUCAUUAUCAACCUUAGAAAAAUUCUCAUUUUUUACAUUAGGUCGCAAUCAUAAAAAUAAUCAUCAUCAUAUUAAUAAUCAAAAUCAAAAUAACCAACAACAAAAUUCUAAUAAUAAUAAUAAUAAUAAUAAUAAUCAUUUAAUUAAUAUUAAUUUGAAUAAUGAAAAUAAUAAUGAUAUUGAUAAUCAUAAUAAAACUUCUUCAACAAAACAACAUUCAACUUUAAAAAAAUCAAAUUCUGAUCACCAAAUGUUAUCAAUUAAGCAUAAAUUUGGUAAAAGUGCAUCAAUAGCACGUUUACUCGGUCAUACAUAUAAUACAAAAAAAGUUGAAAAUGAAUUAUUAAAAUAUAAAAAUAAUAAUUCUAAUUGUAAUAAUGAAAUGUUAACAAAUGGUGGUAAUCAUUCAAAUUUUAAUUCAAUUAAUAAAUGUGAACAAAAAUUAUUAAAAAAAAAUUUUAAAACAAAUUUCGGUAAUAACACCUCAAAUUAUACUAAUACUCAAAAUCGUAAUAUUGAACGUUUUCAAAUGUGCACAAAUAAUGAAGAUGAUUUAACAGCAAUCAAUUUAACAAAUUUACAUUCAAAUAACAAUACUAAUAAUAGUAAUAAUUAUAAUACUAGUACUAGUUAUAAUAAUUAUAAUACGAAAAAUAAAACGAAAUUAAAUCAAACGAAACAAAAUUCCAUAAAUAAUAAUAAUAAUAUAAAUUCAAAUUGUAAUUGUAUUAGUCAAAAUGAAUAUAAAAAUAAUUCAAAUUUUAAUGAAAAUAAAAGUCAUAAUAAUAACAAAUGUAAUUGUAAUAAUAAUAAUAAUAAUGAUAAUAAUAACAAUAAAACACAAAUUAGUAAUAAUAAUAAUAAUAAUAUGAAUAAUAAUAGUAAUGGUAACAAUGAAGUCAAUAUACAAGAUUUUCAGGAAGAUCAUUAUAAUGAUAUUAGUGCAAAAGCUUUUCGUACAAUUUCCCGUAGUUUAGGUAAAUUGUGGUGGAAAAGAACCCAUAGCGUUGAAAUAAGUGCACCAGAUCCAGAAUAUAAAGUAUCAUAUUUAGGAAAUGUAUUAACUGGAUGGGCUAAAGGUGAAGGUUGUGUUGAAAAACCAUUAAAUACACUUUGGAGAAAUUAUUCACAAAAUCAUAAGCCCGAUGUUAUAAUGCGUGUUCGAGUUUGUGCAUCUGGUUUGAAAGCAACAACAAGACAACAUGGUUUAACAGAAUAUUGGGCAAAUCGUAUAACACAUUGUUGUUCCCCAAAGAAUUAUCCAAAAGUUUUUUGUUGGAUUUAUAGACAUGAAGGUAGAAAAUUAAAACAUGAAUUAAGAUGUCAUGCAAUUUUAUGUAGUAAAGAAUCAAUUGCACAAGAGAUAUGCAAUACAUUAAGAGAGAAUCUCGAUCGAGCUCUACAUGAUUUCAAAAGGGAAAAGAUUCUUAAACAGAAUGCACGUCUUAGUUUAGCUAAUUCCGUAUAUGAAAAUCCAAGUUUACCACGUAGAAAAAUUCUUUUAAGUGUCGGUGGUAAUAAUUAUCGUCCACCAAUGGAACGUUCAAAAUCAGCCCCAAAAUUAAUGGCAAUUGAAGAAGCAAUUGGUGAAGAAGAAGGUGAAGAAAUUGAACAAACAAAUGAACCAGAAAUGCCAUCAUGCUGUCAAAAAGAUUCAUUAUAUCCAGCAAUGACAUUGGGACGUCGAAGAUGUAGACGUGGACAUUCAAUACGUCGUACUGGUAAAGCAUAUAAAAUAUCAUUUGGUGAUAAUGGAAAAAUGAUAAAUUUAUCAAAUAAUAACUGUUUAGAUGUGAUUGGUGAUAGAACAAAAGACUUAGUAAUGAAUAAUGAUGAUAAGAAAACAUUGGAUAAUGAAGUAUACUUAAGAAGAUAUUGUCAUAAUGAAAAUAAUAAUGAUGAUCAUAAUAAUGCAAUUAAAUCAAAAUCAACAACUAGUCUUGGUUCAGAUGAUGAUGAUUUAGAAAAAUUAUUAAGUCACAAUAAUUAUGAUACAUCAUCUCCGCUGGCUGGAGAACUUUUAUCAUAUUUCGAUAUGAAAUUGAAUGCAAAAACAUCUAGUUUAACUGAUUUAUCUGAGAGUAUCAAUAAUGAUGAUAACGAUGAUAAUUUACCAAAUAAUUAUAUUAAUAAUAAUGAUAAUAGUAAUGGUAACAAUACAUCAGAUGAUCAAAUAUUAUAUGAAGCAUCAUUAACAACAGAUCCAUGUCCAAGACCAAGAGCUACAUUAAGUUUAGAAAAUUUAGAUAAUUGUUGUGAUGGUUGUGAAAGUGAUUGUAAUAUUCAUAUUGAUUUCGAUGAUGAAGAAGAUGAAUUAUAUUAUCGGCAAACAGCUAUUCUUAAUUUAUUACAUAGAAAUUCAAUGCGUAAAUUAGCAAAUUUAUCAAUGAGUAGUGAUGAUAGCGGUGAUAGUAUUGAAAAAUCAAAUCAUAAUCAUCACCAUCAUCAUCAUCAUCACCGUCAUCAACAACACAAUAUGGAUAGCGAUGAAGGUUCAAUAUCAAGUGGUUGUGAAACUGCAAGUACAGUUACUGCUAAUUGUGAAGAUACAUCAUUAAAAUAUAUUAAUGAUGAUAAACAACAAAUUACUAAUACAUCAGAUGAAUUAACAAUUAAUAAUAAGAGUAACAGCAAUAAUAGUAACAAUAACAGUAAUAAUCAAAUACAAGAUUCACUUUCAAAUGAUAAUAAAAUUACUGAAGUAAAAAUAAGUAACAAAACAUUAACAUUUAUGAGAGCAAAUCAUUUAAAAUCACCAAAAUUUAUAAACAAUCAUUAUUCAAAUGAUUGUAAUGGAACAAAUAUUAUGAAGGGGCAAACAAAUAAUCAAAUUUCUAAUUAUCAUUCAAGAAAGAAUUUUUCAUCUAGGAAAUUAAUGACUGCAAAUACAACAACAACAACAACAACAACAGCAACAACAAACGGAAAUGGUGAUAUUUCAGAUUCAGAAUUUAGUGAUGAAUCCGGUUAUGUAGAAUUUCAAGAUCAAAUUAUACCAAAAAGGAAAUCUGAAAAUGAAUAUCAUCAUAAUCAGCAUUUAUCAUUAUCAACAUCAUCAACAUCAUCAUCAACAGCAUCAAUGAUAACAACAACAAAUCAAUAUACUAAUAAUAAUAGUAGUAAUAAAAAAAAUUAAUGGUUUAAUUCACUAAAUUAAGAAAAAAAGAAACAAAACUCAGGAAAAUUUUCAACCAAAAUCUUGGUUGUUUUGUUUUUUUUUUUUUUUUUUUGCAGCUUCAAAACCAAAAAUAACUAAUAUUUUAUUAUUAAUUAUUUUUUGAGGUUAUUGAUUGUUUAUUUUUUAUUUUUUAUCUUUUUUUUUUUUUCAUAUUUUUUGUUUAAUUUUUAUUAAUAUUAAUUUGAAAUUUUAAUAAUUAUUGUGCAUUGAUAGUCAUUUCAAAAUAUUAUUUUUUUAUUAUAUUAUCAAGGAAUAUAAUAUGUAUAAAAUAAAUGAAUGCAUUCAAAGAGAAUUAGAUUUUAAUUAUUAAACUAUAAUUUAUAGAAAUUGAAGAAAAAAAUGAUAAAGAAAAUCAAAACUAAAGAAGUCAUAAUUAU